UGCGCUGUAAAAGUGUAACUAUACUCCUGCCAUCAAAUUUCGCUCGCAAAGUGUAUCUAGUUGGAACAGUAAUAGGACUAAAUAAUCAGUUAAUCGUUCGUUGUUGCGCGAUUUAAAGUGAUAUCGUGAUAUUGGAAUGAGUGCCAUACAAUUAUAUACGAAAGGAGCAAAAGUAUGGAUUCCCGAUCAAGAAAAAGUAUGGGAAGAAGCGGAGUUACUUGAGAGUUAUUCCCCAAACAAAACAUCACUCAGCAUACUAACCAUUUCAAAUGAAACGAAAAAUUUAAAUAUCAAAUCUGAAAAAGAUCUACCCUUCUUGAAGAAUCCUAACAUCUUACUUGGAGAAAACGACUUGACGUCAUUAUCAUAUCUCCAUGAACCGGCUGUGAUGCAUAAUUUGAAGUUCAGAUUUUGCCAGAAAAAUGAAAUCUACACGUAUUGCGGGAUUGUCUUAGUGGCUAUUAAUCCAUAUACAGAUGUACCGAUUUAUGAUGUUGAAACAAUACAAACGUACAGGCGGCAAGGGAUAGGUGACCUCGACCCUCACAUUUUUGCUGUCGCAGAAGAAGCUUAUAGAAAAUUAGAACGGGAACAAACGGAUCAAAGUAUCAUCGUCUCAGGAGAAAGUGGUGCUGGUAAAACAGUGUCUGCAAAAUACACUAUGAGAUACUUUGCCACAGUUGGUGGAAAUGCAACUGAAACACAAAUUGAGAAAAAAGUUUUAGCAAGUAGCCCUAUAAUGGAGGCUAUUGGAAACGCCAAAACAACGAGAAACGACAACAGUUCUAGAUUUGGAAAAUUUAUAGAACUCCAAUUCAAUAAACAGUUCCACAUUUGUGGUGCUUCUAUGAGGACAUACCUCCUAGAAAAAAGUAGAGUAGUGUUUCAAGCAUCAGAUGAAAGAAAUUACCAUAUAUUUUACCAAAUUUGCGCAGCUAGACAGCAGUUACCACAUUUACAACUAGAUCAUCAAAACAAAUUUCACUAUUUAAAUCAAGGUGAGAGUCCAAAUGUGCCAGGAGUAGACGAUUUAAAAGAAUUUGAAGAAACUGUGAAUGCUUUAAAUUUACUAGGAUUCUCACAACAAGAACAAGAAGAUAUGUUCAAAAUAAUAGCCUCAAUUCUACACAUUGGUAAUAUUCAAUUUACUGAGUGCAUGAUUAAAGUAGAAAACGAACAGGAUCAAGAGGGUUGUCUUAUUAAGCCAAAUGAUAAAGGUUUGAACGCUGUUGCUGAACUCCUGGAAAUCGAUGAAGAGGAUAUGAGGCGAUGGCUGUGUACCAGAAAACUUGUAUCAAUGCGGGACAUUUUCCUAAAACCAAUGACUGCGGAGGCAGCCGUCAUCUCCAGAGACGCCUUGGCGAAACAUAUUUAUUCCGAACUAUUCAACUGGAUAGUACUGAUCAUCAACAGAACGUUAGAAUCGGAAGUUCCCCGACAUCGGUUUGUCGGAGUACUGGACAUAUACGGUUUCGAAACAUUCGAUAGCAAUUCUUUUGAACAAUUUUGUAUCAAUUAUGCAAACGAAAAACUACAACAGCAAUUUAAUUUGCACGUUUUCAAAUUAGAGCAAGAAGAGUACAUUAAAGAAGGGAUUGAAUGGAAAAUGAUCGAGUUUUAUGAUAAUCAGCCAUGUAUAGAUUUAAUUGAAGCAAAACUAGGAAUUUUGGACUUGUUAGACGAGGAAUGUAAGAUGCCACGUGGUUCUGACGGAUCUUGGACAGAAAAAUUAUAUACAAAGUGUAUCAAGUAUGCACAUUUUUCCAAAGGUCGAUUUGGAUCUUCGUCUUUCGUGGUCAAUCAUUUUGCUGACAAAGUGCAAUACGAAAGCAACGGCUUUCUAGAAAAAAAUCGAGAUACUGUGAUAGAAGAGCAAAUACAUGUAAUAAAAAAUAGUAAAAAUCACCUUAUCAAGAAACUGUUUGCACCUGAAGAUCAAAAAUUGGCUACGACUAGAACUAAACUGAAAGUUGUAUCGGCUAAGCCAACUCCAAAUGUACAAAAAACACAUAAGCAAACGGUUUGUUCACAAUUCAGAGACUCUUUAAAUAAACUGAUGUCCACAUUAAACGCUACCACCCCGCACUAUGUUCGAUGUAUCAAACCAAACGAUACUAAAACUCCAUUCGAGUACAAUCCAAAACGAGCAGUUCAGCAACUCAGAGCCUGCGGUGUACUGGAAACGAUCCGACUAUCUUCAGCAGGAUUUCCGAGUCGAUGGACGUACCUCGACUUCUUCUACCGAUAUCGGGUCCUGUGUAAAUCGAAAGACAUUGACAACAGAAAUAUUCAAAAAACUAGCGAAAUUAUAUUAGGCAAUUCCAUUAAAGAUUCUUCUACUUAUCAAUUUGGUAAAACAAAAAUAUUCUUCAGGCCAGGGCAAGUAGCUUAUUUGGAGAAAUUGAGAGCGGAUAAAUUGGUAGCCUGUUGUAUUAUGAUGCAAAAAUCUGUAAGGAUGUUUAUCUAUAGGAAACGCUAUAUCAAAAUACAGAAAUCUGUACAGCUCAUUCAGCGAUAUGGUAGAGGUGCAUUAGCAAGGAGAUUAGCUCAAGAUAUACGAAGAGAAAGAUCAGCAAAAACUAUCCAACGAUACGUGCGUGGAUGGGUCAAGAGAAUCCAAUACCAAAGGUUGAGAAAAUGUAUAUUGGGAAUACAGUGUCAUGCACGAGGAUAUAUGGCUAGAAUUAGGUUUCUUAAACACAAAUAUAAUCUCGCUGCCGUUACAAUACAAAAAUACGUUCGAGGUUGGUUGGCUCGAAAACAAUUCAAACAGAAAAUUAGACAUAUUGUUAUAUGCCAAGCUGCUGUGCGGCGCUAUUUGGCUAGGAAACAAUACAAAAAACUUCGAAUUGAAGCGAGAUCCAUUGAACACGUGAAAAAACUUAAUAAGGGAUUGGAAAAUAAAAUCAUUAGUCUUCAACAAAAAAUUGAAACACUUAAUAAAACUAACCACGAACUCAAAAAUUACCAAAACGAAGUGCACGAAUUGAAAACAAAACUUCAAGCUUUUAGAGCUAUGGAAACGGAAAUAAAGAACUUGAAAAAUAUCAUUUUCGAGAACAAUAAAACAAUCGAAAAACUAAAAAGCGAUAUUAAUAUUGAAAAAGAAGAAAAAAUGGAUAUAUUAAAUGAGCUCGACAGAUUUAAACAAGAUGUAGAAAAUCAACGGAGAAUGUGGAGCGAGGAUACAGCUAAAUUGCGAGAAGAACUAGAGAAUAUGAACGAGAUCGUAAAAACGAGUGAAAAGGGCGCCGAAGAAAACUUGAAAGAGAGACUAGAAGCUGAAAAACUUCUAAUUUUGAACGAAGCAGACUCAGACAGAGAACAGUACCAAAAACUGUUGAGUGAAUAUCAAAAUUUGGAGCAGUUUUGCGACGAGUUGAAACUACAACUACGAGGCCAAGGGCAUCUUGGAGUACAUCGUCGAAACGUUAGUGAUAUAAGUAGUAUAUCAGUCAUGGAUGAACAUAUGAGUAGUGACGUACCAGAAGAUUACGGAUAUGGUUCUGUGAGAUCCACAGCAAGUAAUAAUUCUGUUAGGGAAAGACUAGAUAAUGUUGACUGGAAAAUAGAAGGUACCAGUGAAAAUCAAACGCCAACAAAUACCAGUACGAGUGAUUCGAACACAAACCAAGAAGUCGAAAAUGAAAGUAAUAUUGAUAUUGGACUUGUGCUCAAGCUUCAACACAAAUUAGCAGAAGUUGAACGAAAUAAAGAUAGAAUGCAAAAACGUUUGGAUGAACUCAGUACGUCUCCAAAAAUAGAAAAGGCCAGAACCGAUGCAGAAGUUGCGGCUAGAAUAUCAGAAUUAGAGUUGUGCAAUUCUCAGCUCAAAACUCAAUUGUUCGAGUUGCAGAACAGUAUUAAUGAAGGAAAAGGCUUCCCUAAACUCCAGGAACAAUUAGCCACAGCACAAAAUGAACUAGAAAGACGAAGCGAAGAAAUAAUUCAGCUCAAGGGUGUCUUAGCAAACCAAACCAACGACAUGAAAUUUAUGUUAAAUUCAAAGACACGUACAGGUGAAUACAUAAAUGAAGAUGGUGAACUUGCUCAAGCUUAUGAAACGCAAAAAACGAUCAACAAACAGCUUGAACUUGAGUUGCAAGACGAAAAAGCGAAAUAUCAAGCAUACGAGAAAGAACUUAAGUUGGAAAUUGAAAGACUUCAAAACGACAACGAGAGACAACAACGAAUCCUUUCCACUAACCUUCUGGGUUCCGGUCAGACUCAAAACGAAGCUUACAUGCAAUUACAAAUUACAAGACUAACUUCAGAGAAUCUCGAAUUACAUGAUAAAAUUGACGCUUUGAACGAAAACAUUAGGAAAUUGAAAAAGCAGGAAAGAUUUCUAGCAAAGAAAUUAAGAGAUUUCGGUGGUAAUACAAUGCCUGACAAUGAGCCUUAUCAAAGUGAUCUUGGAUUAUCAGUUCCCAUUAGGAAUGUACCAUCAAUACGUAAAAAAGAUAGGGAAUAUUUGGGCAUGUUUUCCUAUAAAGUUGGAACUGAGAAUGCCAUUAUGAAGGAACUUGUUAUUGAUCUCAAACCACGUACUGCCGUAGCACUUCUUCCUGGAUUACCAGCACAUAUCGUAUUUAUGUGCAUUAGGUAUACCGAUUAUAGAAAUGACGAGGAUAUGGUUAAAACACUAUUAUCAGCAUUUAAUAACUCACUCAAGAAAGUUAUUAAAAAAAGAGGUGGAGAUUUUGAGACUACCGCCCUUUGGCUUUCUAACGCAAAUAGGUUAGUAAACAACAUGAAACAAUACAGUGGUGAAAAAGCUUUUCAAUUUCGAAAUACGCCAAAACAAAACGACCAGUGUCUAAGGAAUUUCGACUUAUCCGAAUAUCGUCAGGUAUUUUCUGAUACAGCUCUGUGUUUAUAUCAUGGAUUGAUAAAAGGCGUAGAGGAUAAAAUUCAGACACUAAUUGUACCUGCAAUUCUCGAACAUGAAGAAAUUCCUGGUAUGAGUGGAAACAAACCAAGUGGUAGAAAUAGAUUGGGUAGUACUUCUAGUGUAAGUACUCCUACAGGAAGUCAAAAACCAACGACAGCUCUUCUCACUGAAUUAACAAACCACUAUAAAAUGUUAACAUACUAUGGAGUUGAUAUGGAAGUAAUAUCCCAAAUAUUCAAGCAAAUAUUUUACUUCAUUUGUGCAUCAAGUCUCAAUAAUUUACUAUUGAGAAAAGAUCUUUGUAAUUGGUCCAAAGGUAUUCAAAUCAGGCAUAACCUCUCUCAUUUUGAAUCGUGGACUAAAGAUAAAAAUUUAGAUGAACAUGCAAUCCGAAUCACUCUUGAGCCAAUCAUACAAGCAGCUCACUUACUGCAAUCCAGAAAAACCGAAGAAGAUGUAGAGAGUAUUUGUGAUAUGUGUAGUGCGUUGACGCCUCCACAGAUAUGCAAAAUACUCAAUUUGUACACUCGUUUAGAUGAAUUUGAACACAUUCCUGCGAACUUUAUAAAGCUAGUGCAAGCAAAGUUGAAGGAGCGGCCUGAAAGCGGUCCACAAGUUUUGCUUAUAGACGUGAAGUACAAAUAUCCAGUGCGAUUUGUGUUUAAUCCAUCUAUUAUUUGUUUGGAAGAUGUAGAAAUACCAGAAGUGAUCAACUUACCUAUGCUUGAAAAGCUUUAAAUCGUUAGUAUUAAUAUUAUUAUUUAAAUAAUUUAGUAUUGGAUUUAGACGGGAGCGCAAAUGUAACUUAGAGUGGAAUAAUUGGAUUGUUACAAAAAAAGUGCAUUUCCUAACUGGUUUUUUUCUCUUUGUUAAAAUAAGAAAAUUAAUAUUAUUAGUUCCUUUGAAUAUAUAAUUUGAAACAUUAGAAGUGAGUAUCUAGUAGUUUCACAUUAUAAAAUUAAGCAACCAUUUUUGGUUAAAAAAUUAUUGUUUCCACUUUUUUAAAAAAAUACAAUAAGUAUAUUUAAUAUUCCAUACGUAUUCUAAUAUAUUUUCUUAAUAUUAUUUCAAUAAAGUAAGGGAUAUACUUUAACUUAUUGUAACUUUUUAGCAAAUCAAGCUAACAACAAAAAGUAAACGAAAUCUAAUUGCUUAAGGAAUGGGAUUUUAUUAUGUCUUUAGAAAACAAAAGCGUUGUCAUGACAAUUGUUGACAGGAGUGUCAACAAAAUCAUUCAAUUUGGAGUUUAUUUUCAAAUUAAAACUCAAGUAAACGUAAAGUUGUAACGACUCAAAUUGUAAUAGCAUGGAUCUACAAACAAGAAUUAGGCAUUCCAACGACCUGUCAAACUGCUGACAAGUUGGAACCACUGAACUAUAUAUUAAACUGGAAGAACAAAGCCGAUCAACAAAAUCAAACCGCAUAGCGAGGCGAUAUUUGACACUUCGGUGCCCACAUGUGCGUAUCGAAAUACACUGAAAAGGAUCAUCAAAAUUAAAUUUAACACUUAUUACAUUCAACUACGACACCUUUUAAUUUAAGAAAAUAUUAUAAAAAUGAUUUUUGAUUAAUACGCAGCUGAAACAAAUGUUCCAAUAAUAAUAAUUAUUAAAAUAGGGUGUUAUUAAUAAAAAAUAAUAUAAUUUAUCAUAGUACGCCCGUGAAAAACGUGACGUAGAAUGCUCGAAAUUGACGGUCUGGCGUCCAAAUUGUCUUGCGCACCGACCGUUUUUUUCACCCAUGUCGGCUUAGAAAUUAGGAGUAGGGUUUAUGUCAUUUAGCCAGUUUAAUAUCAAGGUCGGUGGUUGGAACUGACAUUUAGAUCUGGCAACCCUGUGAGCUUGUUGUCAUUGACAGGGUCAAUGAUACAUAUAUAGUUAUAUAGACUGCUCAAAGGGGGUCGUUUACGAGCGGCCAUAUUGCCUCGCAAGUGCUCAUUAAUCAGAAUCGAUUUUGCCAAUAUAUUUUUAAACUUUUUCAACAAAAUUCCGUAAUGAAUAAUGGAGUAAAACUACUGAAAAAAGAUGCCCUCAAAAGUAAUACCAGUAGCCAUUAAAAAAAUUUUGAGAUCUAUUAAACCCGAUUUUAAUUUAUUUAAAAAAACUGCACUCCGACAGGUUACAUUUUUUUUACAUAUCAACCCUUUCGCGAGACACAAAAAAUGCCAGCAAUAUCAUGUUAGAUUUAGAAAUACACUGUGUUUAAGCUAAAUUCCGAACUUCGUUGUAAAAAUUCAAUAUACUGUCACUUUGCCGGAUUCUUUACACCAGAAAUAGUAAAAUAGAAAAUUUUAUUGGCAUCGGCAUCUGGAAGCAUAUAUUUUAACGCAGGCAAAUAAAACAAAAAUCCAUCAACAAGUGACUCUGAAUUUCACAGGUCACUUCGCUCCUACCUUAAUUUACUGAAAUGUAACAAAUAAGACAAAAACGUAAUACAUACAUGACUUCUCUAUUUUUGUACUUAUAUUUGAGAAGUUAAAAGUCCUCAGAUCCUCUACAACUUCUCUGUUCCUUGUUUUUAUGUUUUGGGGAGCUAAAAAAGGUCCUCUCUCUCCAAUUCAAUGUUGUAUUCGUGUUCAGCGUCCAGAAUUGGGUCAAAAGAAAUAUUAUGGUCACCCUACAUAAUGCACCAACAAUAACAGAACAUAGAACAAUCUUAAGCAAUAUAAUCUUUUCAAAUUGUUUAAAAAAAUUGAAUUUGUCAUUGAGUAAAGACGACAGAAAAAAGAAAAAUAUAUCACAGAAACUGGACUUUUCUAUAAUAUUAAAUACUAGCUUUUCUAGUUUUACUUUUGGAAUUUUAUUUUUUUAAUCGCUCGUUGCCCAUUGAUCGUAAGGAACUAAUAUUUUAUUAAAAAUACCUAUUUGACUAGUUUUUCAUAGAUACCUAUCGACAAAGUGAACCCUUUUCAUAUUGUUUAAAUAUGUUCCACUUAAAGUUACAUAGGCGUGUUUAAAUUAGUGUCUAUGUAUAUGUAUGUAUAAAUAGAAAAAAAGGAAAUAAAACGUAUUUGAUAAUCGUAGAAGUAGAAAAAAAAAAAAGGGAAAAUUGACCACCCUGGAAAGUAUAGCUUUAUGAUAUUAAUAUUUUUUCGUAUAAAUAUACGAGAUACUUUUUCACAGGGAUAAUAUUGGUAUCUUCUAAAUUCUGAACCACAAGAGAUACCAAGGGUUAAACAGGAAAAAGUUGAAUAAGUAAUUUAAUGAUAGUCGACGAUAUGAGGAACUGUAAAAUAUUUAGAAUAAAUUAAGUGGAUCCCAUAUCAUUUAUUUAUUAUGACUUCUUUGUUAAUGCAAAUCGAAAAACUGAAUGAAUUUAUUGUUUGGUCCUUCCGUUUGCUUUAAUUGUUAAAGAAAAAUUCACAAUAAUAUGUUUGGUUUGUAAAGGACCACAUCAACUUUAGCAAUACUACGUAUUUUACUAUCUCUGCGAAAAAAUAUCCAUGUUUAUUAAAGCGUUGUUUUUAUUAUAAUUAAUUUAUGAGUUGUGGUAAAAAUUUAACUCUACAAUUUCUGUAGAUAUUUUAUUCCGUUUUUUCUUUACUUUACUAUAUUGUCAAAACUUAUUUAAUCCCAAUGAACACAGACGUAAAAAUAUGUUGAUAGAAUUGUAUUUAUCUGUAUAUCAAGCAAAACUGCUUACCAAAUUAGUUAAAACUGUAACUAUUUAUCUGUGUUUAUUAGGAAUAUUAUUAUUGUAUUAUAGAUUUAAUUUUGUAUAGGCCUAUUUUUAAGUUUAGUCAGAUUUAUUGUAAAUAUUUUUGUAUAUAUAUAGUGUUAAAUAAUGAGAUUCUUUAUAUAUGUUGAUUGAAGAGUAAUAAUUUUAUGUAUGUUGAAUAUGUUAUAAAAUUUAUAUCAAAGCCAAAAUACAAAGCAGACGUUUAUACAUUAAAAUGAACAUUUUAUUUAAUAAAGUGAAAGUUUUAAUUAUAAUUUGCAUUAUAGAACCAAAUUUGGGAAAUUACUUCGUUUUCGUAAGCAAUUUCGAAAUUUUUGUAUAUUAAAAGGUUAACGAUUCAAGAACAGAAUAAAACACAUGUAAUUUUUUAAUUUACUAAAUGCUACUACUGAUGGUAAGACAAUUUGAAAAAUUUGCACUAGAAAUCGCAACUAAAUCUUCCUUCUUACUAAGAUGUACCUACCUAUAAUUCUGAAAAAGAUACUUUCAUAAAAUAUGUAUCUCUUCAUAGUCCGUCAGAUAGUGACAGGUUUAGCUGUCCCAUUUUCGAAUACAAGCCUUGAAGAGGGUUGAAAAUCAAUUUUUAGUAGAAUGAAAGGAAAUUUACGAGUGGCUGCUAGGGAUAACACAUGGAAAAUUCAAUUUUCCCUAACAAAAACGAAAGGUUAUUUGUUGCCCAUUUUUCCACACAAGCUGUUUUCACUAUAUGAUUAAUUAAUAGAACUAGGCUUCGGAAAACCAAAGGCUUUAUUGUUGCAAGUAGCUAAAGGGUUGAAAUAAGGGCGUAAACGUUUAAGGAAAAAUCGAGAUUUUGCCCGAUUUUUCCACACAAGCCCAUCGAAUGUUUGAAAACGUACGUCAUCACUAGUCCGAAAAACAUAUUUUCUUGAAUGAUCCGAAAGUGCGUUUUGGGGUCCGAAAUUUUUUUUCCAUGUGUUAUCCCCAAGAGCCACUCCUAAAUUUUCUUUUAUUCUACUAAAUAUCGAUGUACUUUUCAGCCUCCUUUCAAGAUUUGUAUGCAAAAAUGGGGUACCUAAAUCGGUCACUAUCUGACGGUUUAUCAGUUUGUUGAUUAAUUAUUCUGGCUAGUUCUAACUUGCAUCGUUUAUUUUAAUAGUAAUCAAUUGAAUAUUAUUUUCAAAAUAUUACAUAAAAAUUAAAACGCUCUCAGCAAAUUAUUCAAUAAAAUUACACAAAUAUGCAAUAAUAUUAAUUCUUAAUAAUCGUUUCUAUACAGGCUGAUUAAGUUAUACUCCGGAGUUUGAUAUAUCCGUUGUUUUAAAGGAUUCGAACAAAAGUUUUAAAUACAAAUAAUGAAUUAUUUCUUAAUAUGUGUUUCAUAAAGUCACAGCAUACCAAAGUUGUUUUUUUAGUGGAACACUCUAUAUGUUAUCUCGAAUUUGAAUUUUGCUCAUUUUCUCCAUUCCGGCAAUAUAAAGUUUUAUCAGGUUCUACAGGGUAGAGUAAAGUGCCCUAAUAUCGGAUCCUUUUUUAUUAGCAUUAAUAUUAAUUUCAAUCUGUCAAUAAAUUGACGAUAUCUUUUCAGCAAAAUAAAGGAUAUGCUAUACAGAACCAUAUAUUAAACAAAAAAAAAACAUGCUAGCUAAUAAAAAGUAAAAUCGAAAUUCUAAGAAAAAUGUUCAAUUCUCGUUGACAAACAAAAAUAUUCCUAAUCCUAUCCGGUAUUAGGACAAAAAUGUAAAAUUAGCCAUCGAGACAGAAAUCAUAUAUAUGCGUCUUCUUUGUCUAUAUUGGCACAGUGGGUAUGAGCCCACUUGAAACAUUUUGACCACUUCAUUGUUCACCUGCUUUAUCUUCAGAGAAGAGUCCAGAACAAAACAUACAUUCUGCUUCCUCUUCCCCAAUGUCACAAUCCAUGUCAGAAUCAUCAUCUAAAACGAGUUAUUCAUCUUCUUCAGAUGAGCCACUAGAUUCCUGGUUCUUAACACUCUUCUUGCUAACCUUCAUUGUUAUUUUCUUCUUAGAGAUUUUCCUUUCUUUUUAUUUGUUUUUGGGCAAGUUCGGUUUGGAACUCGACGGAUCUAACAGAGCGCGCACGGAGUACGUGACGUCACAGACAAAGUUCGCUCUUUUUAUAAUCUCAAGACGAACACAAGGGGAAUGACAAAUGACACUAGUGAUAGUUUGCACUUGAAUACACUGUUGUGUUCGUGUAUGGACAGUAAAAAAAUAAUUUUAAUCAAAUAGAAAAUAGUUAUUACAGAAACAAACAAGAAAUAAUACGUGUAAAACUGAUUAAUCACCGAUCAGAAUAUUGACAUUUGACAUUUUUGACACAUUCCUACAGAUACCCUCUGAUCUCCAUUGGCCAACUCGGGGAAGAGGGAGCGCGCUCCGAGUACGCAAACCGAACACAAAAGAGUACGCUCUGAGUGCCAAGACGACCACAAAUGAGGCAUACCGAGUACAGCGAACGUCAAACCGAACGCAGCCUUUUUAGAAGGCGAACGUUUGCCUAUUUUCAAGUUCGGAAUUCCUUUUGACACACUUUUCUUUCUCUUCUGUUCUGUUCUGACAAACUACUUUCUAAAGCAUCUUUAUAUGGAGUACCUGUAAUCAAGACAGCAGAUCCUUUUCUGGACUUUUUUCUUUAUCGCCAGGCUUUUAGAUAUCUGGAAUUAGAAUCUUUCACACAUUUGGUCGCGUUAAUACUUCUUGGAGGAGUCACAUGCCUUGUAGGAGUCACAUGCCUUGGAGGAGUCAUAUGCCUUGAAGGAGUCACAUGCCUUGGAGGAGUCACAUGCCUUGGAGGAGUCACAUGCCUUGGAAAAAUCACGUGCCUUGGCGGAGUCACUUGUCUUUGUUGUUCAGCAUCGAGUGGAUUUGGAGCUGGAAUUCGGUCACUUUUCGCUUGACUGUGAAUAGCGAAGUGCUCUCAAAAAAUGUGCUUAUUAAGCGGACAAAUACAGCUCUUUCGAAAACCAUUUAUAGCGAUUUCAGCGGUAGCACAUCUUGCAUACGCUUUUCCAAGCAAGUCGCAAACUUGAUAGCUUGUGACCACUCUUUCAGGGUUGUUUCUUAGCCAAUUUUCAAUCUCUUGUGACUAAUGUUUUAGGUAGCCCCAUGCAUGCAAGAUUCAGAGGCUGAGAAUAACUACAUGGUUUUGUCGCGCCAAGUUUAUCAAAGUUCCGAGUAUGGGAGUAGUGGCCAUCCAAGAAUAAUAAAACUGGAUCAGCCUCACUUGGUUUAACGUGGCUAAUAAAAUGUUGUAGCCAAUUGGUUGCUCUGAAUCCAUCCAGACACAUGGCAGGCAGUAACUGUUCCUGGUGGAGUGCCGUUAAGUAAUUCUGCCUUCAUGUUUUUUCGGGGAAAUAUGGACCAUUGGAGGCACAAAACCAUCAGCCGCAUUCAUGCAUGUAACCACCAUCACUAGUGCCCCCCUUUCUGUGGAGGUAACGGCACCUACCUGCUUUUUACCUUUUAAAUGUGAUUAACUUGGUAUACUUAGAUGGUACAAAUGUUGUACCUGUCUCAUCUACGUUGUAGAUUCGACAGGGAUUGAAUUUUUCUUUCUCCAACGCAGGUUCCAAAAUUUCAAAAAACUGAUUUACGUUUUCUUCUGUGAAUCCCUUAAUUCGGGCAGUUGAUAAACCCUGUGGUCUUCUAAACGUUAGUUCAGGAUGCCUCUUUAAAAAUGAACGCGUCCAUUUAUAACCUGCUUAUUUCUGAAUGUAAUGGGAGGUCAUUUUAAGUUAUUAUUGUAAUUAUUUUGUUCUAAGUACUAUUUAGAAUUUUUUAGUUAACAACUGUUAGUAUUAUUUAUAAUCUUGUUAAAAAAUCUGUUUUAGUUUUUAUUUUUAGAAUAAUUAUAAUUAACGUGUUUUUCAAGCUGAAAAUUGACAAUUUUCAGUAUUAUUAUUAAAAAUCGAAAAAACUCUACGACUAUAACAUAUAGGUAUAGGGAAUGCUUAACAAAAGUAAAAGUCUUUUGUAAGUAGUUUAUGAAAAUGAUAUAAGAUACAGGGUGUUUCAUUUGAAAUAACCGAUAAAAUUAUGGCCGUGAGUUUUGGGUUACUACUACGAAAUUAUUCUAGCCUUAAGAUAUUAACCCUCAAUUCUUGAUUCUAAAUAAUACAGGGUGACGAUUUCAUUUAGAUUUUUACAUACAACUGGCCAUUUCUUUAAAAGUACCCUGUAUAAUCUGAUAAAACCCUAUAUUGCUGGAAUGGGGAAAUAAGCAAAUAGGGUGUUCCACUAAAAACACAAUUUUAUGAAACACCCUGUAUAUUACGAAAUAAUUUUAAUAUGUGGAGCUGGACUCUAUCUAUAGUAUUUAAAACUUUUGUUCUUAUCCCUCAAAACAACGGAGAUAUCAAAUUCCGGAGUAUAAGUUGAUAUUGUUUUAUUUUUACUGAUUUCCAUAUCUCAUAAAAAUUCUUUAAAAUGAGCAAAAGCUUUGGACAUACGAGGUAUCUGUCUGCUCCAGGACUAUGCCUGAUUUUUGUCCAUUCAUCCUAAACUAAUGUUAGCUCUCCUUGGCGCUGUCAUUGCAAAUUUCGUAUCAAAUACACUUUUCCUUUCACAUUUUUUAAUAUAUAUAUAUAUAUAUUUUGAUAAAACUUUUUGGGAAAAAGAUAAAAAUGAUACUUUUAGUUUUUCGGUACAACACGAGAAUGAUUAUAAUAGAUCCUGCAGAUUUUUUCUCCCACUGUAAUGUUACCCAAAAUACUCAACUUUUUUCUCAUUUUAUCCUCUUUGUAUUUGUUACUGAUUAGAAUACAGCAAUGUUGGCACAUUAUAAAAACAAGCUAUAUGUACAUAGUCCGUGACAACUUAAUAAUAAAUUGUCAUUUGAAAUGAAGGAAUAAAAAUAAAGUGGAUUAGCUUUAUUUCUAAAAUUGCCAUUUUUUCUGCAAUGAAAAACCAAAUAAUGUUUGAACGGUUCUUUUCCAUAAUUAUUUUGUCCGCCAUAUCCAUGUGCGACGACAAAAAUAUCCAACUUUUAAAAAAUAAAUUUUUGUUAGAAUUAUGUUCCUAAAGAUCUUGUGAUAUUUGUUUCUUUCUUAAUUUAUUGUAAAAUUUUAGAUAAAUAAAAUAUAUUGACA